CAGAAAUACUCCUUAGCUACGUGUAGUCUGCCGCAGAUGUCAUCAUCAUCAUCAUCAGAAGAAGAACGGACUAAGAAUGCAGCGAGACAAAACUAGCAACGCCGGUGGGGCUGAAAAGUCCGACCGAGAGGCCGCCAUAAUGUCGAAAUACUACGAUGGAGUUGAAUUUCCUUUCUGUGACGAGUUCUCCAAAUAUGAAAAAAUGGCAAAAAUAGGGCAAGGGACCUUUGGGGAGGUGUUCAAAGCAAAGCACAGACAGACCGGGAAGAAGGUCGCACUGAAGAAAGUUUUAAUGGAAAAUGAGAAAGAAGGGUUCCCAAUCACAGCUCUGAGAGAGAUCAAGAUCCUGCAGCUGCUCAAACAUGAGAAUGUGGUCAAUCUGAUUGAGAUCUGCAGAACCAAAGCUACUCAGUUCAACAGAUACAAAGGCAGCAUCUACCUGGUGUUUGACUUCUGUGAGCACGACCUGGCCGGGCUGCUGAGCAAUGCCAAUGUGAAGUUCACUCUGGCAGAGAUCAAAAAGGUUAUGCAGAUGUUGCUCAAUGGAUUGUACUACAUCCACAGGAACAAGAUCCUUCACAGAGACAUGAAAGCAGCCAACGUGCUCAUUACCAGAGACGGUGUCCUGAAGCUGGCUGACUUUGGUUUGGCUCGAGCCUUCAGCCUGGCUAAAAACAGCCAGGGGAACCGCUACACCAACCGCGUGGUCACACUCUGGUACAGACCUCCAGAGCUGCUGCUGGGUGAACGAGACUACGGCCCCCCCAUUGACCUGUGGGGUGGGGGCUGCAUCAUGGCAGAGAUGUGGACCAGAAGUCCCAUAAUGCAAGGCAACACUGAGCAGCACCAGCUCACUCUCAUCAGCCAGCUCUGUGGCUCCAUCACUGCUGAGGUGUGGCCUGGUGUGGAUAAGAAGUAUGAGCUUUACCAGAAAAUGGAGCUGCCUAAAGGCCAAAAGAGGAAAGUGAAGGAUCGUCUCAAAGCCUAUGUGAAAGACCCGUACGCCCUGGAUCUGAUAGAUAAACUCCUGGUCCUGGACCCGGCACAGCGCAUAGACAGCGACGACGCGCUCAACCAUGACUUCUUCUGGUCCGACCCCAUGCCGUCAGACCUGAAGAACAUGCUCUCCACCCACAAUACCUCCAUGUUUGAAUACCUGGCCCCGCCCAGACGGAGAGGCCACAUGCCACAGCAGCAGCCCAAUCAGAACAGAAACCCAGCCACCACCAGUCAGACGGAGUUUGAUCGAGUGUUUUAGUGGCUGAAGAAGUUUACGGACAAGUAGUUUACCUUGUUGGACUUUUUGUUGAGUAACAAAUGACAGCCGGCCUAAUGUUGAAGGUGGGUACGCAUUCCUUUUUUGUUUUGAGGAUUGGCGGACAUUACCUGGAGCUCUCUACAGUUUCAUAUGAUCACUGUUUGUUUGACCAGGGACAGGACUGUAAUUUCCAAAGUUAUUCGGAGCCCUUUGCAAGCCAAGUUAUUAUCUUCUGACUUAGUGCUUUUUCUCCAGCUAGAGAUGAAGAGUCAGUGUUCAGCUCUGUAUAAACGGCUUUGCUAUGUUCACAUUAGUUUUAAUUGUGAUUGCAAGUUUGGGAAUGAGUCUGGUAUUUUAGUUUUUUGACAGUUUUACACUUGUUUUAUCAUUGUUUUGUAUAAAAUAGCUCUCUCUAAAGCCUGUGCAGUAUUUUGAGGUUAUUUAUAAUAAGAAAGCGAGAAUGUCUUUAUUUAAACUAUUUUAGAAGGACACCACAAACAUUUCUGAACACAUGUCCAGCAGCGACAUACCUCAAAUAAAAUGUUUUUUUCCCUCUAUAAAUAUGA